CGUAGUCUGAUACGGGCUUUAUUAAAAUUGGCGGGAGAAUAUUUCAGGAUGUCACAUGUUGUCAUAAAGAGUUCGAAAUCGUACACCCGAGGCGAUAGAUAUUCAACAGGAAAAUGAAAGAAGGAAAAUAAAGUUGAUAUGGAGUCUGCCGAUCUGUUAAUGGAAUCUGCCGACGAAGGGAACGUCCGCACGAAGGAGGACGUUUGCGAGAUUUUGGAAUUGGCUACAAUAAAAGAGUCCGAUUUAAGUGCCGUGACGCAAUGUCUAUAUCCCACGCGGGAUCAUCAGACCGAUGACUUGAUGUUGCUGGAGGUGGACGAGCACAUAUUAAGCGGGUUAGGCGAGGGAGACGCAAUAUCAUUUCGUGGUAACAAACAUGACAACGCUAUGCUGUGCACGCAAACUCGGACCUACGAGAUCAGAGAAGCCGAGAUAUCCAACUCGUGGUUGCUGGUACCGGACUUGAAGCUGGGCAUGGCAACAGGUGCCAGAGCAGUAACUGAGAGAACUGUAGAGAAACGUAACGUAAAGAAAAUAUUUAACUCGUACUACGAGGUUAAAGAAACCAAACCUAAUCUGGCAAGCUUGUCCACUCUGCUUAAUUCAUCGUCCUUCAAUGGAUUAGAAUAUGAAGCUACGGUAGAUCGGAAGACAUUAUACAGUUGGGAGAGAUUACAAAAUGAGUUGCAAGCCAGCGAUUACGAGUUGAAACAGGCUCUGUCAGAUUUCUUAAUAGCUGACAUAGACGGUUAUUUGCGUCUCAUAUCAUUUGACGUAGAAGCAAGGAGCUUGAAUUUGAUGUUGAAUUAUUUUGAAGAACAGUCUUGGGAACUCGAUGAGGUAGACAAAGAGAGUACGUACGAAUGUUUAAAGGAGCUUAUCCACGAGCCAGUGUUCGAUGUUGUAUUCGAAAGAUAUGCGAAAGUAAGCUCAAAGACAAAAGAUGAUGGCAGACCGUUGUAUACAUACAACGAAGAAAAGUGCUGCACAAUGGUAGCAAAGGUUCUUCUUGCCGCCUCUCCUGUCACUGAAUACAAAGAAUUCAUGGAAACGUGGAACUUCGGAACACCCGAAAAAAUGCAUCCAAAAAUAGAGUACUUAUGUGGAUCUGCUCUUGUAACGUACAAUUCAAAAAUGGAAAAAGAAAUCGUAUCUUGUCCGGAGGCAGAUUUACCGAACAACAUUCACGACAGACUUGGCGAACUUUUUCAAAUCAAAGCUAAAUGGACUGUUGAAGAGAUAACACCUUAUAUUACGCGCUUUACAAAAGGUGCAAUGAAUGUUAAUGCACUUUUAACAAAGUAUGCCAGAUGUUCGACAAAAGAUGGGAUAAAGUAUUACGGGUCAAAACAUGGCAAGUGAUACAGUGACUACAUUUGUGGUAUGCAUUCAAUUGUCUUACAAUAAAUACUGAUACAUGUGUUAUUAAUUAUAUUAAUGUCAGAACAAUAUUUCAGAAUUAUCUAUAAUGUUAAAAUAAUAGUGUUAAAAUGACGCGUAAUUUAUUUAGCCUGUGAUCAUAUAUACAGUUACAUUUGCACAAUUUAUAAAUAUUUUGAAGACGAAAUAAAAUUAUAUAAUUUAA